AUGAAGCCCGUCAGUCAAAGCCAAGUCGCCUCUGCGGCUGUCCAGUCCCUCCCCAUCCCAGUUCUCGUCCUAGGUGUCCAGAAAACAGUCGUGCUCGCCAACGAGGCGAUGGGGCGAUUGUUAGGCAUGGACGAUCUCCUUGGGAAAUCGCUGACCCAGGUCGGCGUCGACCUUGUCCAGGAUGGCCGUCACGUUUGGUUCGAUUGGAAGAGGUUUUUCGACGAAGCUGCCGUUGAGAUGGGCCCCAGAAAGAACAAUAAGCGGGCCCACAGAGACGGGAACACAGACGGUGUCGACAACCCUCAAGGAGGUCUGCCGCUGCAUCUGGCCCUGGAUGUCACCAUUUCGCCGGCUACUGCCGGGACCGGCCGGCGUGAAUCUCUGUCGCCGUUGACCGACGCUGCACCUCCACUUCGAGCCAAGAUGGACGUCUCAGUCUGUGACGAUGAGGGAGAGAGAACUUUGUUCAUUCUCACGUUCACAGAUAUCAGGCCGGCGCCUUCGUCACCGGCUGCUAGCGCCUCGCCCUCGGUUGCACCCGAUCACAGCUCCAAAACCCCCUCGGUAGCGGUCCAUCAAGGUGGCCCUCUCUUUUCGGAUCCCUUUGCACCUCUAGCCCCCUCGCCAGCGUCUUCGGCACCCCACUCCUUGUCGAAAACACAAAAGAUCAACGUGAUGAAAGACGCCAUGCUCAACAACAUUCAGACACCAAUUGCCGCAACGUGGAAGGAUGGCAGCGUGUCGUUCCUCAACCGGGCGGCGUACAAUCUUCUGAUUGGGAAACCAGACUUUGAGGAGAACAACAUCGACGGCUUUGAUCUGCUCUCCACAUGGACCGUUUGGGCACCCGACUUUAGCAGACGUUUAGAGCCCAGCGAGGGGCCCAUGGCAGUUCUGAUUCGGGCUGAGACACCCUUCGCGAGUCGACGCAUCGGUAUGCAUGAUGUAGCUGGUCAGCCGUUAGUAUUCGAUGUGGAAGGGACCGCUCUCAGAGACGACAACACUGGAGAGUUCCUAGCUGGCGUGGUAACAUGCAAAGACGUGACAAAGUUGAUCGAGGAAAUCAGUCAGAUCCGGGCGGCAGGAGAGGAACGCUUCAGAGUAAUAUGCAACACAAUGCCACAGCUUGUGUGGACGGCCACCCGAGACGGUUCACACGACUUCUUCAACAGCCGGUGGUAUGACUACACCGGGCUGUCUGAGCAAGACUCCCUUGGCUCGGGCUGGAUGAACGCGUUCCAUCCGGACGACUUGCCCGCGGCUGAGAAGUGCUGGAAGCGAAGUCUCGAGACGGGCGAGCCUUACACAACGGAGUAUCGCUGUCGCCGUAAGGAUGGCGAAUGGAGAUGGUUCCUCGGCAGAGCGCUUCCCCUGAAGAACCAGCAAACUGGGGUCGUCGAGAAAUGGUUUGGCACCUGCACCGAUGCUCACGAGAGCAUUGAGACAAAGAACGAGUCCAAGAGAAUCCGACAGCAGCUUCUCGGCGUCAUUGCAGAAUCGCACAUGACCAUGUUCACUGUGGAUUCCGAACGCAAGAUCACCAUGCUUGAAGGAGCAAUGAUUUGGGACACUUUCAGUGAUAGCCAUGCGUCGAGGCGAUAUGUCGGUGAGAAUGUAUAUGACGUCUUCAGCCGCCUCAGUCCGCGGCCCCCAAAGGCCCUUCUGGAAGCCGUCGAAUCCAUCUUAUCAGGGAAAAUUCCAGAGGACCUCGAGGAACACGAGAUUGAGGGGCGUUGGUAUCGCACACGUCUCAAACCUAUUCUUGGAAGGGCAAACGGUGAAAAAGGUGCCAAGGCGACGGUGAUCGAAGGCGUGACAGGCUUCAUUAUGGAUGUCACCGAGCUCAAGGCCCGUGAGAAGGAUCUCCAAGCCCAGGCUCAGGAAAAACGCCAGUUGCUUGCCAACGAGGCCGCUGCUAAAGAAGCUAGCCGGCUGAAGAGUCAGUUUCUUGCAAAUAUGUCGCACGAGAUUCGUACUCCAAUAAGCGGAGUGAUUGGGAUGGCCGAGCUCCUUCUCGAUGCCGAUCUCUCAGAGGAGCAGCGUGAGAUCGCAGAAAACAUUUACCGUUCAGCCAAUGCCCUCUUGACGGUCAUCAACGACAUUCUGGACUUCUCCAAGGUCGAAUCCGGGCGGCUGGACAUAGAAGAAGUGCAGUUCUCCCUUCCCGUAGUUGUACAGGAUGUGGGCAAGAUGCUUAGUUUUGCGGCCGAUCGCAAAAACCUUGGAUUCUAUUGCGAUCUUGCAGCCGACAUUGAGAGUGACCUCCUGGUCAUGGGCGAUCCCGGACGCGUGCGACAAAUCAUGACCAAUCUUCUGACAAAUAGCAUCAAGUUCACGAACCACGGUCAUGUGAGGCUCUCGGUUUUGAGAGAAAAGGAGACGGCGGAGAUGAUCGAGAUCAAGUUCGUCGUCGAGGACACCGGGAUCGGGAUAGAAGAAGAGGUUCUGAAGCGGCUCUUCCAACCGUUCAGCCAGGGCGAUCCUUCAACGGCGAGAAAAUUUGGCGGCACGGGACUCGGGUUGACUAUAUGCAAGCAUCUUUUGGAGUUGAUGAAGGGGCGUAUGGCAUUCGAAUCGACAUUGGGCGCGGGUACCACCGCCACCUUCUGGAUACCCUUCCACAAACCACGGCGAGGGGGGGAGGCAAAUACAGUGGCGAUAGAUUCCUUGUCAGAGCGGUUACAGUCAGAGAGGAGCGUGUCUUGCCAUAGCUCCGAGUAUGAUCAAAAGCUUCCCCCUCCAUCUCGAGCUCGAGGGCGACCCCUAGCAGACAACAGCCGAUCGGCCUGGCGGCAUUCUGCUAGCAGCCUUGGGGCCAUGGGCGCGCCAGAGGAAGAACUCCCCUACUCUGCGCGAGCCAACGUGCACAUCUUGGUUGUCGAGGACAAUGCCGUCAACCAACAAUACGCCCUCAAGACGAUUGAAAAACUCGGCUUCCAGGCAACGGCGGUAUGGAACGGCAAGGAAGCGGUGGAUUAUAUUGCCGCCGCCAAGGAUGGCGCAAAGAAAAAGCCCGAUAUCAUCCUCAUGGACGUGCAGAUGCCCGUCAUUGACGGCUAUAGAUGCACGCACAUUCUUCGACACCACAUGCCCUACAAGGGCUACAUCAGCGACGUCCCGAUCGUGGCCAUGACGGCUUCGGCUAUCCAGGGGGACAGGGAAAAGUGCAAGAGGGCUGGCAUGGACGACUACCUUUCCAAGCCGGUCAGGAACAAGGUUCUAGAGAAAAUGCUCGUCCGAUGGAGCACAAAAGGGCGGUCGAAUACCUCUACGCCGGCGGGGUUGAGCGGGUCGGAGUGCUCCGAGCACAGCAAGGUGGGCGCCAAGGCCAAACUGACUGGCGUUGAGGGCGCCGGUGGCCUAGAAAUGGCAGACCGCAAUUCUACUAGUAUCUGUGACAGCAGCGGCUUGCCGACGAUAACGGUGCCAAUCCAAGAGUCCAAGUGUGAAGCCAUCGUGGACACACAGUACGCCACUUCGCUUGACUUGACGAUGCCGUCUGUAGAUGGCGGGUCCAGCCAGGACCAGUUUGACUCGGAAAUGAUGCAGCAGUUGACCUACGGGUUAACCGAGGACGAGUCGGUGGCGGAUGUCAGCCGCGAACAGAAAAUGGCGGACGGCAGAGAGCGCUCGAGAAGCCCAUCGGCGCCCCGGGAGGCGCUGACGGAGGAGAAUGUCGGGAAGUUGGAGGAUAUGUCCAGACAGUGGCGUAGAUAA